GGGUAUGCGCUGAGCACUUCAAUUGAUACUCUUAACCGAGAUCCAACCAAGGCGGUUGAAGGAACACCAUACCAGCUAUGGACGGGCAAAUGCCCGGUUCUGUCACACUUAAAGAUUUGGGGCUGUGAGGCUUAUGUCAAACGUCUUAUGAUGAAUGGCAAGCUUGAUGCUAAGUCUGAUAAGUGUUUCUUCGUGGGAUACCCAAAGGAAACUCGAGGGUAUUCAUUCUAUCACCCUAUCGAUAAGAAGGUAUUCGUUGCUCGCAAUGGUGUCUUCCUCGAGAAGGAAUUUCUCUCCAUCGCAACUAGCAGGAGAAAGAUAGAGCUCGAAGAAAUUCGAGACGACGAAGAAACUACCGCGCCGGUUCUGGAACAUGAGCUAGAGGAACAAACUGUUGUACCUCAAAAUGCUCAAGAUACACAAGAACCCCAUAGGUCUAACCGGUUACGCACACAUCCUGAAAG